AUGUCUCACUCAACAGAGCAAUCAUUUCGGAGCAAUCUCUCCCAAUUUCGCUGGGCACAGGGGAAUAACGACAACCAGCAGCAAGACGCAGAACCGCAGCCCGGGCGGUUUGCGCGAUUUUAUAAUGCCAUUGGAGGUGGAUACAUACCCUUGCGCUCGAACGAGCGAUCAAAUGACGAGGAGGCAUACUUUGCAUUGUCGAGAUGGGAGAGAUUGCUCGGCUUUGGUGGCUGUUUGCUGGGGGCGGCCGUAUGCUUCUUCGUCGCGUUCGUAACACUGCCAAUCCUGGGACUUCGACCAGCGAAGUUCGCCCUUGCCUUUAGCCUGGGGAGUCUAUUUGCCGUCCUUGUUGGACCAAUAAGCCAUCUCAAACACCUGAUAUCCAAAGAACGUCUACCUUUUUCGGCCGCUUACCUUGGCAGCUUGGGUCUCACGUUAUACUUCGCGUUAGGUGCACAUUCAUACAUUGGCUCUCUUGUUGGAGCCAUUAUACAAGUCAUUGCACUUAUCUCAUACGUUCUUGCAUACUUUCCUGGCGGGGUCACAACUCUCCGUUUUGGCUCGCAGAUGGCAUUGCGUGGUGCAGGGAGCUUGCUCCCAUUCUAG